CACAAGAUGGGCUUGGUGGGGCAAGAGGACUCUACCUCCCUACCACCACCCCCCACCCCCGGGAAUCAAUCUUUUCCAGAGAGAGGCACUUUCUGGGAAUCCGGCUCCUUCAGCGCGAAUUCCUGGCCUGGAUGAUGGAAAAAACCAACGGGCAUUUCGAUGCCGCCGUGUAACGGACGCCCUGAGCACCACAGCAAUCAAAUUAAAAAAAAACACUCUCUCGCUGGGAGCGGGUCGCUACCUGCUGAUUUACUCGGACCGCAAUUAUUUGUUUUAAUUAUAUCCCGAUCAUCACAGUAGGUGGACACGGCUUUCCCUCCUCAUCGACCCCCGUCCGCCAUAACCCGUCCGUUCCCCGCCGAGUUAAUUCUUCAUGUUGUUUUUCUCGUCUGCACUCCUCCUCCCGGCCGCCGCGCUCGGUGCAAAUCAAGACACUAGCUCGAGCUCCAGGCCCCCUGGAGCCUGUCCUAUUGGCCAGGCAUCGGAAGCCAUAGACCAAUCGGGGGAAAGGGGUCGGUUCUAACGCGGUUACGAUUGGUAAAUAAUGCCGUCCAUCACCACGACUGAGGCGGGUCUCGCCAACGAACUGCCCGCUCGUCCAAUCGCCAUCGCGUCUACGCUGUGGGCGGGGACCAAGAAACUUGGUUUGAAAACCCCCAACAAAUCAAACGAUUUCGGGUUGAGAUGAGAGUUUCAAACUACCGAGUGCUGACUUAGGAGCGAAUCAGUGGUCGACUGUGAGUAACCGACGGUAGGACGUGAGUUAUCAACGUUGAGAACGCCAUUUUUGAAAUGUAUUUUUAACCGACGUUGCUAAGUUACGGGAGAGACAGAUGGUGAUUGGCGGGACGCUGUUGGCCAAUGGCGUCGGCGGUCUCAGUGUCACGUACCAUGACGUCACGAGGCUGCGGGUGGAAGUGCCGGCCUCGGGGUCUUGAGUGGGCGGGGCCGGCUCAGUAGGCGGAGCGAUGGGCGAGGUCAACACCAUCAAGUGUGUGGUGGAGUUCGAGGCGGCUUUGCGGGAGAGUGAGCAGCGCUUGGUCGUCAUGCUCUUUUCCGCGCACUGGUGCGAGUUCUGCCAGAUGAUCCAGCUCUACUUCGAUGAGUUCGCCGAGUCCUAUCCGGAGGUGGCCUUCUACGAGGUUGACAUCAACGUAGCCAAGGACGUGGUGCAGCUUUGCCGCAUUGAGUGGUUCCCCACCUUCCAGUUCUACAGGACCGGAGCCAAGAUCUUUCAGUUCAAGGGACCCAACCGCUGCCUCCUGGAGCGGAUGAUCCAAAAACUGCAGGGAGAUGAUUCGCAGUGUUCACCUAAAUUAAAGCAGGCCAAUAACUAA